AUGUCCUUCGACGCCUCGGCCUCAUUAUCCGUCUCCGACCCCAACGCGCGCGCCCUCAGCUCAUCAUGCUUCGACUUCCUCCUGAUCGAAUUGGUGCCCAUGGCGGAACGGCUGGCGAAGGAUCUCGCUUCUCAAGAAAACCCCGAGGAUCCGGAGGUUCGUGAAUCGACGUAUUUCCGGUUAGAGUCGUUGGGGUAUCGGGUUGGCCAGGGCCUUGCGGAGAGGUUCUCACGCGAUCGACCCCGUUUCACGGACAACCUAGACGUCAUCAAGUUUCUCUGCAAAGAUCUAUGGAUGGUCUUGUUUCGGAAACAAAUCGAUAAUUUGAAGACCAACCAUCGGGGAGUCUAUGUCCUGACAGAUACGGCGUUCAGACCCUUUGCGCGCAUGAGUAUGGCCGUCCGGUCUGAUGCCGUGAAUAUGGCGCAAGCGUAUCUCUGGUUCCCAUGUGGUGUGAUACGAGGCGCUCUCGCCAAUCUCGGAAUCAAUACGACCGUGCAGGCAGAGACAUCCGAGCUCCCGGGGGCGACGUUUCAGAUCAAGACGGUCCAGGCUCGGCCCUGA